AUGUCUGUAUGGUUACCUCGGCGACCGCCGUCUGCAGCUCCCUUUUGUCUGCGGUCGCUUGGAACACACUACCGUGUUCUUCAUGUGCUAGCUUUGCGUAACCAGCACCAAAUUUUCGCUCAGACGGGCGCGCUUCAAGUGUACCAUGUCGCUGCUCCUGCUAUUAGAUGGCAGAGUACGAAGGGACCGCCAAGUUCGGGACCAGGAGAAACACGCGUCGCUACAGAAGGCGCUCCAACUGCGGUAGCGUCAAAAGAGGGUGCCGUGAAGGAACCGUUGGGUACACGCAUUUGGAAGAAGGUCAAACAUGAGGCUGCUCACUAUUGGAAUGGGUCAAAGCUUCUCGUGUCAGAGGUCCGGAUUUCUGCAAGGCUGCAGUGGAAAAUUCUCCAUGGGGAGGCAUUGACAAGGCGAGAAAGACGUCAGCUUAAAAGAACGACGACUGAUCUUUUGCGCUUGAUUCCUUUCUCUGUUUUUGUGAUUGUACCGUUCAUGGAGUUUUUACUUCCUGUCGCUCUUAAGCUUUUCCCGAAUAUGCUUCCUUCAACAUUUGAGGAUAAAUUUGCUGCGGAAGAGAAGCAAAGGAAGUUACUCCGGGUCCGUUUGGAAAUGGCGAAGUUCCUUCAGGAAACUGUCAGAGAAUCCGGUUUGAAGGCUAAUGCACAUAUUGUCGGAAGCGAUGCGUUCAAGGAGUUUUUCCGCAAGGUCCGUGCGACAGGAGAAUCCCCCUCAACUACCGAUAUCGUUAACGUCGCCAAACUCUUUGACGAUGAUCUCACUCUGGACAACCUGUCACGGCCUCAGCUUGUCUCCUUGUGCCGUUACAUGGGCCUUAACGCUUUUGGCACUGAUAACUUCCUCCGAGGUGCCAUCAGGGCAAGACUAACACAGCUUCGUCGCGAUGAUCAGGCCAUUGACAUGGAGGGGAUCGACUCUUUGUCCACAGCAGAGCUUCAGCAGGCUUGCCAAUCCCGCGGUAUCCGAACCAUAGGUGCUUCUCCUGCACGCCUGCGGUCUGAGCUUUCCACCUGGAUUAAACUUCAUCUCCAUAACCGUGUCUCUGGAGUCUUACUCAUCCUCGGCAGGGCUUUCUAUUUCGACAGAAAGCCGGGCGAGACCGAAGAAGACUUCACUAUCAAGAGUCUGGAAAGUGUCCUGAGCAGUCUUCCUGAUAACUUGCCGAGCUUGAGGUGGACUCCGAUAAGGCCAGCUACAAGCAGAAGCUGGAGGUUCUCCAACAGCAGGAAGAACUCAUUGAGGACGAAGAGGAACAGGAGACCAAGGAGGAGGAAGCACGUCGUGCGAAGCGAGAAGCGGAGGAACGUACGAAGCGUGAAGAAGAGGUGGCUAUGGCUGAAUCCCUAUUGCCGGACCGCUGCUGAAGGACAGGAUGCACGUAUGACGACGGAACAACUGGCGGAGCUUGCUGAGGCGCUUUCCGUUCUUUCUGCCAAGUCAAGUGUGCUCAAAGAACGAGAUGAAUUGCGCGCACUCAUGGAAGAAAAUAGGAGCGCCGAAGAGGACACACCGCUCGUUAAGCGUAUCCGUAGUAUGAUCACAAAAAUUGAUGCGCAACUUUCGGAGUACGAUGCCAAGGUCGGAAAUUCAUUGCAAAUGAUCUCUUGUGACCCGCAGGGUCGCAUUUCCGUAGAGGACUUGCAUAAGGCAUUAAAAGUCAUCAAGCACCAGCCAGACGAAGAUGUCGGACACGCAGUUAUUCAAAAACUUGAUGUGGACAAGGAUGGAUAUGUGGAGCUUGAGCACGUGCUCGGGCUCGUGAGGGAAGAAGGUCUCGGAAUCGUUAUAGACAACGAGGCGCAGAAUCUAAUCGGUCAAGGCAAGGAACUUAAGGCGUCCAAGCCUAGGAAAGAGGAUAUCGUACAAGAGUAG